CAUGAGUUCAAUGAAAUAUGUUGGGAAAAGUGUGUUGGUAAACCAAGUUCUAAGCUGGAUAGUGGAACAGAAACCUGCCUACGUAAUUGCGUUGAUCGUUUUAUUGACACUUCACUUCUUAUCACCCAACGUUUCGCGCAACUGCUGCAACAAGGAUCCACGCACUAACAUGUUGAAAACGAGAAAAAAAGACAACUUUAAACCCAAAGCAGAUAAUAUUAAUAAUGAUGCAUUUGCCAUCUUGACUAUAAUGGGUCAAUAUAACGAACUCAUUAGCUGCCAGUGAGAACUAGAGUAAUGUGAUUUUUAUCAAAAAAACAUGUUUCUGUUAUUUAAGUUUAAAAUAAAAAUUACAUAAAA